UAUUGGUUCCCAGUUUGGCUCUUAAGAUUGCCAGUCAUCCUUGGAAAUAGACCAGUCGCGGUCAUGGAUUCACCUAAAGGCGAAACAGGAUUCCUAGAUAAGGUUUCACUGUACGCGUUGUUUAAUUUUCUCCCAUUUCCCGAAAACUCUGACCAUUACCCAACAAUUUCAUUGUCAGCGCCUCCUACAGAAGACGAGUCCCAAUCCACAAAUUCUUAUCUAAAAGAUGGCGAUCAAUUGAUCGAAAGUGGGAUUAUUUCCCAUGAUCUAAUUGUUAAAAGCAAUGUAUUCGAGGAUCCCACUAUUCGAAUGGGAUUCGUCAGAAAGGUUUUUGGAAUCCUUUUGGUCCAAUUACUAUUCACAUUGGCUGUGGUAGCAAUAUUUGUUUACCAUCAACCGACCAAGGAAUUCAUACAGGAAAACUUCCUCUUAGUUUUGGUCGCCUUUAUCGUCAACAUAAUCGUUGUGAUCACAAUGUUUUAUGUACAGGACGUGAGGCGAAAGCAUCCCGUCAACCUGAUUUGCCUGACUCUUUAUACCUUCACCAUGUCGGUGCUCUUGGGAACCUUAUCGAGCCUAAUGGAUUCUAACGUUGUAAUCUCGGCCGUGGCUAUUACCACAGUCCUUGUCAUCGCUCUUAGCAUCUACGCCGUGCAAACCAAGUACGAUUACACCGCUGAGAGAGGGGUCAUAUUAACCUUUGUGAUAAUCCUCCUCGUUCUAUCAGUGUGUGAAUUUUUCAUGCCAGAUUUCGUAGACAGCUUGCCAAUAGUUUGUCUAUGCACUUUUAUUGGCUGCUUCUUAUUAAUCUGCGAUAUGCAGUCGAUAGUGGGCGGCAAUCGUUUGGACCAGAUGGAUCCCGAGGAAUACGUGUUUGCAGCUCUCACUCUGUACGUCGAUGUAAUUCGCAUAUUCAUAUAUAUCCUUCGAAUUUUAGAGAAAUUUUAUUAGCAGAGCUA